CGCCUGUCCCCUUCAAACGCAAAUAAACCAUCCCUCGCCACAAAAUCACAACUUCUCAAACUCUUUCUUUCCCCCUCCCCCGUUCUCUCUCUCUCUGUCUCGAUACCUACAGUUUCACUCACUCAUCGCUCACUAGUUUUCUCAACCGUAACCCUUGUUUGGCCCAUAAGGUAAAACGAAGAUCCUAUGGAGGCACCUGAGUUUUUCCAGAGCGCGGGAUUUUGCCCACAAUACGUGCCCGAAAAGCGUCACUCAUCAGAUAAUAAAACUGCCGGCGCUGGCGGAGACCAUUUCAUUGUGGAGGAUCUCCUCGACUUUUCCAACGAAGACGCUGUCAUUACUGACGGUAUUCUCGACAAGGCCGCUGGAAACUCUGUCGAAUCCUCCACUGUUACCGUCGCCGACAGCUGCAAUUCCGCGUCGUUUUCGGGGGGUGAACCGAAUUUUGUCGGUGAUAUCGGGUGCCGAAAUUUCUCUGACGGGCAUUUCCCCAGCGACCUUUGUGAGCCGUAUGACGACUUAGCUGAGCUCGAAUGGCUUUCCAAUUUCGUGGAGGAAUCGUUCUCCAGCGAGGAUUUGCAGAAGCUCCAGCUGAUAUCCGGCAUGAAAGCCAGGACCGACGAAGCGUCAGAAACUAGCAUCGAAUUCCAACCCGAGCCCAGUCGGAACAGCCCCAUAUUCAACCCCGAUAUGUCGGUCCCGGCCAAGGCCAGGAGCAAGCGGUCCCGGGCUGCCCCAUGCAACUGGACGUCCCGCCUCCUCGUACUCUCUCAAGCCACAGCCUCGCCCGAGCCCGACGUUGUCUAUCAGGCACCCGUGAGCUCCGGCAAGAAAACCGCAAAGGCCACACCAAAGAAGAAGGAUGGUCCCGAAGGAGCAGUCAGUGACGGCAGGAAAUGCCUGCAUUGCGCCACGGAUAAGACGCCGCAGUGGCGGACGGGGCCAAUGGGCCCGAAAACACUUUGUAAUGCAUGCGGGGUUAGGUACAAGUCCGGUCGGUUAGUACCGGAGUACCGUCCUGCAGCUAGCCCAACAUUUAUGCUGACGAAACACUCGAAUUCACACCGGAAGGUACUGGAGCUUCGGCGCCAGAAGGAGAUGCUGAGAGCCCAGCAGCAGGGGGAGCAUCAGCAGCAGCAAUUCCUUCAUCACCAGAACAUGGUGUUCGAAGUAUCCAACGGUGACGAUUACUUGAUUCACCAACACGUGGGCCCCGAUUUCAGGCAGCUGAUCUAGCUGCGGGCGGUAGCUACGAAGAGUUAGGAGAAUCCUCGCACGAUAGUCUCGGCAGUUAAUUUUGGGAGAUUAAUUUGAAUUAGCAGUUGACAAUUUAUAAGUACUUUACUAUAAUUAGCCAAUUUGCGAAAUUUAAUUUUCCAUUUUUGUAGGCUUAAUUUUUGGAUUUCGUAAUCUGUUGUGUUAAUUAAUGUUGUUUCACGAGUUUCUUUGCCUUAUAACUUGGCAAAUUCUGAAACCCAAUUUUUCCCUAAUUAAUUCAGUUUUUUUCCCUAA